UGGAUCACGUGAUCCCGGAGCCUGGCAGCAGUCUGAUGGAGGCCUACGACCAGUGGAGGCAGUGGGCCGAUGAGAAGGCCUGCUGCGAUUACUCGCUGCAUGUGGACAUCACCCACUGGGACGAUGGUGUAAAGCAGGAGGUGGAUAACCUCAUUAAGGAGAAAGGUGUGAACUCAUUCCAGGUCUACAUGGCCUAUAAGGACUACUAUCAGAUGAGCAACAGUGAGCUUUAUGAGGUAUUUACCUUCCUGGCAGAGCGAGGAGGCAUUGCUCAGAUCCAUGCUGAAAAUGGCGAGAUCAUUGCUAAGGAGCAGGCCCGGAUGCUGCAGAUCGGUAUCACUGGACCAGAGGGACAUGUGCUGAGUAGGCCAGAGGAGUUGGAGGCCGAGGCUGUGUUUCGUGCCGUAACCAUCGCCAGCCAAACCAACUGUCCUCUCUACGUGACACGAGUCAUGAGCAAGAGCGCCGCUGACAUCAUCUCCCAGGCACGGAAAAAAGGAAAUGUGGUGUUCGGGGAGCCAAUCACAGCCAGCCUGGGGACGGAUGGGACACAUUACUGGAGCAAGAACUGGGCCAAAGCUGCUUCCUUUGUUACGUCACCUCCUCUUAGUCCUGAUCCCACCACUCCAGACUAUUUGAACACACUGUUGGCAAGUGGAGACCUGAGCGUGACUGGCAGUGCACACUGCACCUUCAGCGUGGCCCAGAAGGCCAUCGGCAAAGAUGACUUCACUCAGAUCCCAGAAGGCGUCAACGGAGUGGAGGAGAGGAUGACACUCAUCUGGGAUAAAGCUGUGACUACAGGUAAAAUGGAUGAGAACAUGUUUGUGGCCGUCACCAGCACUAAUGCCGCCAAGAUCCUGAACCUGUACCCUCGGAAGGGCCGGAUCGCUGUGGGCUCUGAUGCCGACCUGGUCAUCUGGGACACAGACGCUGUUCGCACCAUCACUGCCAAGACUCACAACUCGGCUGCUGAAUACAACGUGUUUGAAGGCAUGGAGCUGCGCGGGGCCCCUCUGGUGGUGAUCUGUCAGGGGAAGAUCGUUCUGGAAGACGGAAACCUUCAUAUCACCUCUGGAGUGGGACGCUUCAUCCCCUGCUCCCCCUUCCCAGACUUUGCAUACAAGCGCAUUAAAGCCAGGAAGCAGCUGGCGGUUCUGAGGGCAGUGCCUAGAGGAAUGUAUGACGGCCCGGUGUCUGAGUUCUCCAUGUCCCGUGGCGGUACCCCCUCUGCCUCGGCACGCACUUCUCCCACCAAGCAGCCUGUCAGAAAUCUGCACCAGUCUGGAUUUAGUUUAGCAGGUAACCCRGUAGCAGCCGGACCCCCAACUCCAGACGAUGUCCCCAUUAGGCCUGCGGGCCGUCGUAUUGUAGUGCCCCCUGGUGGCCGCUCCAACAUCACAUCUCUCAGUUAAAUGACAAAGAAUUCCGAGGAGAUGCUCCCACAGAUCAACAUCCAGACUGCAAGAUGGAGUGUGGGAGGGGAGGAAAGAAAGAAGCGAGGAGGAGAGGACCCUGAUUAGUUCAAAGUUUAAAGAAAAAAAAAGAAGAAAAAAAUAGAAAAACACUGAAUCCUCAUGCCUUACCUGUCACCACUUUGCUAUGCUCAAAUGAGAAUUGUGUCCCUUUUUCCUGGAGGGCAUCAAAGAAGUUAGAAAUUGCCACCAAAGCGCAUCAGUGUUAGCCUCACUUCUUCACAGCUUAGAGUUUUCAAAACCUGCAGGGUUUUUGGAAAAAAACAAUUAUAAAAUCUGGCAUUGAACCAACAAUAGCAACCACAAAAAUAAGUGUUUUUAAAGGAAAAAAGGUACUUAUUUUCUCAGAAUGAUGCUGUUCUUCUUUUACCCUGCUUGGCUUUCAGUAUCGACCCUUUUUUCAGUCGACUGCUUUCUCCAUAAUCAGCAAAACCUACAGUAAUAGAUCCCACAUUAGCCAUGUCUCAUCAUGCAGUACCAUUGAUUAGCACUAGGUGGUGUUGUAUAUAUGAUAGGUGUAAUGUAGCUUUGUGAAUGAUGUUCCAGCCUGUUUGGGUGUGUUAGAGCAGGCAGAAUAGUUUUCUCACCUCUGACAGCCGGAGAGUGCUGCGGGACAUGGACCUGCAUGGGCCACAUUAUUAUGGGCGACCUGUUCCAUGCUCCGCCUCCUCCUCAGAAGUGUUUGAUAAAAAGAAAACAUUUUCAUGAUGUACUGUAUUGAUUCUCAAUGUUUAAAAUGACAAAAAAAGAAAGUUCUGCUUAAGAAAAAAACAAGCAAAAAAGAUGAAAUAUAAGAAGUGGUUUUACUAUUCUGUCCCAAACUAUUUCUGUCAGUUUUAUUUUCUGCUCUCCAUUGUUGCAGUGUAAAAAAAAACAAAACAAAACAAAACCAAAAAAAAAACACAUUGUGAGAAACUAUUAUUUGCUUCUAGUAUAUUGGCUGCUCCUGUAAUUCUGCAAUCAUAUCGACACACAAAAAAAAAAAUAAAAUAUGUUGGUGGACAACACAUAAGAAGCAGGAAUUAACUGUUCUUUGUAGCAACUUGUAAUGAAAAGCCUUGCAGACGCAAUGACCUUAUUAAAGAGUAAAACUUGCUUUCAGAUAACGGUGCUUUACCUCCAGCUUUACUUUCGUUCUGAGCCAGCCAGGCUCCCAUUUUAAGACAAGUUGAAGGACAUCACUCUCUUGGCAUUCCAAUGCAUUCAAUAUCAGCCUGAUCAGGGUAGGUAUUACAGCUUAUUAUGUUUGGAUUGCAGUGCAGUUUUAAUUUUUUUACCCUGUUGUUGGGGAAUUUUGAAGGAGACACAUUUUAAUUUGGCAGACUGAGGCAGUGAUAUUUUGUUGUAUUUAUGUUAGUUUGAGAAUCUUUGUUACUGUUUUUGUUUCCUUUUGUAACUGUUAAAUCAAAACCCUGAGAUGACAGGUCAAAUCUUGAGAAGUGGUAGUAUCGUUUGUUUCCUGAAUAAACAAGUUGCAACUGA